AUGGAGCUGAGGGAGGUUAUUGAAGUUGUGAAGAGAAAAGAUGUUGAAGAUUAUGAGAGGCUUGGAAACAAGGCACUGAAAGCAAACAAGAUUCUGGCCAUUGUAGGCCCCUUGCUCACUGCCAUUGCAGCUUUGGGAUCUGUGUUUGUGGCGGGAAUAAGGGUGCAGGUAGGGUUACGGUUGGAUCCAAAUCCUACCUUACCCUACUCAUUUGUCACCCCUAGCGGGCAGGUAGGGAUGGUGUUUGAGAUGUACAGAAACUGUGGUGGGUUCUUCAAGCAGUUAGAAGAAACAGUUGAAGCCACGCUUGAAGAGAAUGAGUUUGAUAAGAGAGAGAAUGGACAAGUGUUUGAAUUGAAGGUGGCUUUGCAAUUGGGAAGAAGUGUGUCUCAGCACAGAGAACUCACUUCUAAAUCAGCUUCUUGUCGAGCCGAAGGGAUUUCCAUUGAUGAAUUUGCAAGCAAGAUGUUCUAA